CAGUUGGUAGAACUUUUCCUUUGACUCUGAUUUUGUGCCAGAAGCAAUGUGAUGUGAUGUAGUGAAUUAGUCGUAUCCCGCUAAACAAUUGAAUGGUACGAGAAGAGAAUGUUGUGUUUCGCAUUCCUUUCUUGACUCGCAAGUUUUCUGUCAAGAAUUUUUUGUUUGUGCGGUUAUUGUUUCCUAAGAAGACGAUGGCCUCGUGUUCUUCCCGGCAAUCUUACCGGGCCGUGAGCACUGAGAAUCUGCUGGCUCCCCCCGAGGAGGCUUUCGCUCCCCUCUUACCAAAACCUCGCAUCGUAAUGGGCGACUCUGGUGACUCGGGCGACAGUUUCUUGGGACCAUCAGGAGGCGGUCAGUACCUCAACUUGAGCCAUGAGCCCCCGGGAGGCACGCGGUCGGUGCCAGAUAUCGAGAUGCAUGCAACGAGAAUGCAUGCUUCGUCGUCGUCUGCAGGAGGCUCUCGUGGUCACAGGAAUGUGAUGGGACACGUGAGGUGCUCAUGUUCCCACCUGCCGCGUGCGCCGUCCAAGGAGAGCAUUCGGUCCGUGCAGAACAACGAGGUGCUCGUCGUCGCCCCAUCCUCGUACAGAGACCGCAUCAUCCGACAACACUCGCAGCCGGAGACAUGCAUGCACUGCCACGCCCCCAAGCCCUCUGGGUCACUGCGCUACUUACCGCGCUUCGACCACCACACCGCCCCCCUCGCUGAGGGCUUUGCUGCCAUCGCUGCUGACUCACUCAGGAUCAACGGCGCACUGAGACACUUCAAGCAGGUUUUAAGUUAUUCCGGGGAUGACGCGAGCGACGCUGCACGGUCCGCGGGAGGCACGAUUGAUGGAGUCGGCGUGCAGCUCUCCGAGGCGUUCAAGUAA